AUGGAAGAUAAAAUCAUAAUAAAAGAUUUAGAGGUUCAUAAUAUCAUAGGAGUGGAUUCAUGGGAGAGAGUAAAAAAGCAACCUAUAAUAAUAAAUUUGACAAUCUAUGCAAAUAUAUCACAGGCGGGAAAUACCGACCAUUUACAGUAUUCAAUCAACUAUGGUACUGUCACUAAAGUGGUGACAAAAUUUUCAGAGGAAAGUUCCUUUAAAUCGAUUGAAGCAUUAGCCGAUGCAAUAGCAAAAUUAUGUAUAACAGAAUUUGAUACAACAAGGGUUAAUAUUCGAUUGGAGAAACCAAAAGCAUUAUUACAUGCAAAAUGUGCAGGAGUGGAAAUAACGCGCACAAAAGAUGAUUAUUCGGAAUCACCGAAAAUCACUGGUGAAAAUGAAUAUUCUGAUAAAAUAUUUGUACGAGAUUUAAAAUUGAAUAGUAUAAUUGGAAUUAACCCAUGGGAAAGAGAAGAGAAGCAAAGUGUAAUAGUUAAUUUAACUAUUUAUCCCAGACAUAAAGCGGAAUCUGAUAAAGACCAUGUUAUUAAGCCACAUAAUUAUAGGACAAUAGUUAGAACUAUUUCAAAGCACGUUGAAGAAUCAAAGUAUAAAACAAUUGAAGCAUUUGCUACUUCUGUAGCCCGCAUCGUAAUAAUGGAAUGUAAAGUUAAUAAGAUUACCAUAAGGGUGGAAAAACCAAGUGCGUUAAUGUUUGCCGCUUCCGCCGGAAUAGAAAUUACAAGAAGUCAAUCGUGCUUCAAGAAUAAUAUUCCUCUUGGUAAGGAUGUUCCUGAGGGAUAUGAUCAUGUGGUUUAUAUUACUUUGGGUUCGAAUUUGGGUGAUCGUAUUGGAAACAUUUGUGAAGCGUUAAAACUACUCGAAUUAGAAUGUAAAAUAUUAGAUACUUCAUACAUGUAUGAAACAUCUCCAAUGUACGUGACGGAUCAACCAGAUUUUUUUAAUGCCGCGUGUAAGGUUGCUACAAAUUUGGAUCCAGAAGAAUUAUUAGUUAAAUUAAAAAAUAUCGAGUCAACCAUAGGAAGAACUCCAACGAUAAGAUAUGGACCAAGAUCAAUUGAUUUGGACAUAAUAUUUUAUGAUGACAUUGAAUAUAAAUCUUCCAAUCUUACCAUUCCACAUGUAUCGAUGAGCGAAAGAGAAUUUGUAUUGAAACCAUUAUGUGAUAUCGCAAAAAGUUUUGAACAUCCAAAAUUAUUUAGAACUUGUGGCCAAUUACUUUCUCAUUACUUGAAAAGUCCUUCUUAUUCUCCUAAUAAUUUUAUUCACAAGAUAUUACCAAUCAAUAUUAAUAAUAUAAUUUGGAAAUGGUCCACAAAAACUUUUAUUAUGGGUGUGAUUAACGUGACUCCCGAUUCAUUUUCAGAUGAUGGAUUAUAUAAGAAUGUUAAUUCCGCCCUUUCUCAUGCUCAAAAGUUAGUCGAUGAAGGUGCUGAUAUAUUGGAUAUUGGAGGUUGUUCUACUCGUCCUAAUGCUGAGGACGUUCCUAUUGAAGAAGAAAUUUCUCGUGUAUUACCCAUUAUACAAGCGAUUCGUUGUUCUUCAAACACUAGUCUUGCUAAUAUUCCUAUAUCAAUUGAUACUUUUCAUUCCGAAGUUGCUGAAAAGGCAAUACAAAGUGGCGCGAAUAUAAUUAACGAUAUAUCUGGUGGGCAAUUAGAUAAAAAGGUACUUUCCGUUGCUGCUAAAUGUAAUGUACCAAUUAUUCUUCAACAUAUGAGGGGUACUCCUAAAACCAUGUCUCGAUUGACCGAAUAUGGUGAUGAUCUUAUAUCGGAUAUUUCUAAUGAAUUAUUCGAAAGGGUUAAUGCUGCCAUCAAUGCUGGCAUUAAACGUUGGAAUAUAAUUAUUGAUCCCGGUAUUGGUUUUGCUAAAAAGUUGGAUCAUAAUCUUGAAAUCAUAAAGAGAUUAAACGAACUUAAUGGAAAGCGUAGCCUUCUAGAAGGAUUUCCCUGUUUAAUUGGGGUGAGUAAUAAACGAUUUAUUGGGGAAGUGAUUAAUCAGCCCAUUCCUAAAAACAGAUGCUGGGGUACUGCUGCGGCUUGUGCCGCUGCUGUCUUGGCCGGUGUGAACAUUCUUCGAGUACAUGAUGUGAAAGAAAUGUUGGAUGUAACUAAAGUUGCCGAUUCUAUUUGGAGAGUAACUAAGAAAUAA